AUGUGCGGAAGUCCAUUAUUUUGGAAUGAUCUAAGACGCUUGUCUAGAAUUAGCUGUGAAGCAGAUUAUAUUGCGAAUUUUACUAUCACCUGUUUAUUCCCUACAUACGCCGCCGCUAAACCUACAUACGCCGCCGCUAAACCUACAUACGCCGCCGCUAAACCUACAUACGCCGCCGCUAAACCUACAUACGCCGCCGCUAAACCUACAUACGCCGCCGCUAAACCUACAUACGCCGCCGCUAAACCUACAUACGCCGCCGCUAAACCUACAUACGCCGCCGCUAAACCUACAUACGCCGCCGCUAAACCUACAUACGCCGCCGCUAAACCUACAUACGCCGCCGCUAAACCUACAUACGCCGCCGCUAAACCUACAUACGCCGCCGCUAAACCUACAUACGCCGCCGCUAAACCUACAUACGCCGCCGCUAAACCUACAUACGCCGCCGCUAAACCUACAUACGCCGCCGCUAAACCUACAUACGCCGCCGCUAAACCUACAUACGCCGCCGCUAAACCUACAUACGCCGCCGCUAAACCUACAUACGCCGCCGCUAAACCUACAUACGCCGCCGCUAAACCUACAUACGCCGCCGCUAAACCUACAUACGCCGCCGCUAAACCUACAUACGCCGCCGCUAAACCUACAUACGCCGCCGCUAAACCUACAUACGCCGCCGCUAAACCUACAUACGCCGCCGCUAAACCUACAUACGCCGCCGCUAAACCUACAUACGCCGCCGCUAAACCUACAUACGCCGCCGCUAAACCUACAUACGCCGCCGCUAAACCUACAUACGCCGCCGCUAAACCUACAUACGCCGCCGCUAAACCUACAUACGCCGCCGCUAAACCUACAUACGCCGCCGCUAAACCUACAUACGCCGCCGCUAAACCUACAUACGCCGCCGCUAAACCUACAUACGCCGCCGCUAAACCUACAUACGCCGCCGCUAAACCUACAUACGCCGCCGCUAAACCUACAUACGCCGCCGCUAAACCUACAUACGCCGCCGCUAAACCUACAUACGCCGCCGCUAAACCUACAUACGCCGCCGCUAAACCUACAUACGCCGCCGCAUCUAUGAACCCAUAUAUGUGA